AUGUCACUAGAAGAAUUCAAGGUGCUUUACUGUGAAGAUCUGGUGAUAAGGUGGUUUGAGAGACUAUAUCUAGAAGGUGCAGAAGAACCUCCAGGGAUUACUUCAGUCUGUGAAGACAAGCUGCCAGCGGGCUUGAUCUCAGAAGCAAGGGUCUCAACUAAAUUGGUUGAAAAUGCUGGGGAAAGGACUUGGGGAAAUAUAUUUGUUGUAAGCCUGGCCAUUGCAGACUUGGUAGUGGCGAUCUACCCAUACCCACUGGUCCUGACAUCUGUAUUUCAUAAUGGAUGGAAUCUGGGCUACCUCCAUUGCCAAAUUAGUGGUUUCCUGAUGGGCCUAAGUGUUAUUGGAUCAAUAUUCAACAUUACAGGCAUUGCUAUUAAUCGAUAUUGCUACAUCUGCCACAGCCUCAAGUAUGACAAGCUGUAUAGUGACAAGAAUGCUCUGUGCUACGUCAUUCUCAUCUGGAUCCUGACAUUUGUUGCUAUUGUUCCCAAUCUGUUUGUUGGAUCACUACAAUAUGAUCCGCGGAUCUACUCGUGCACAUUUGCACAAUCCGUGAGCUCACCAUAUACAAUAGCAGUGGUGUUUUUCCAUUUCAUGCUUCCCAUAGCCAUAGUUACUUUCUGUUACUUGAGAAUAUGGAUCCUUGUUAUUCAGGUAAGGCGAAGGGUUAAACCUGACAACAAGCCCAGGCUGAAGCCACAUGACUUUAGGAAUUUUGUCACCAUGUUUGUGGUAUUUGUACUGUUUGCAAUCUGCUGGGCUCCUUUGAACUUCAUAGGCCUGGCUGUGGCUGUUGACCCAGACACAAUAAUCCCCAGGAUUCCGGAGUGGUUGUUUGUAUCCAGUUACUACAUGGCAUAUUUCAACAGCUGCCUUAAUGCUAUCAUAUAUGGACUCCUGAACCAGAAUUUCAGAAGAGAAUACAAGAGAAUUAUUGUCACAAUUUGUACAGCAAAAGUUUUCUUUCAGGAUAGUUCUAACGAUGCAGCAGAUAGGAUGAAAACCAAACCCUCACCACUGAUUACGAACAACAAUCAAGUGAAGGUAGACUCUGUGUGAAAAUGGGACCCUCACCAUUGCCGAUCUACAACAUUCAAACACUAGCUCUGUUUUAUUAGCCACACAGUUGAAGUGCUGUAGUGAAAUACUAAUCCUAUAUGAAAGGUAUUUGGACAAUGUUCUGUGUACAGUAUUUGUGAGCCAAAGUAACACAGCCUUGACAUAAAGAGCCUCCUGUUGUACGACAUAUCUUUCAAAUAAUGACUCUCAUAUGCUUAAGGUAUUACAGGGUUACAGACAUUUUUUUAAAUUUUUUGUUUAACAUUGAAGAUGGAUUGGAACUGAACUGCCAUAUAACUAACUGUUUGAAAAAGCAUCAUCAACCCCCAGCUGGACUCCCUAAAUUGCAAGGCAGGUUAUGGUACUGAUCCUGACACCCUUAACAACUCCUGUUACAGGGAAAAUGGGAGCUAUUCAUUCCAGUGUGAGGGAACGUGAAAAGAUGAGGGAGAAUACUUGAAAUGCUUCACUAAGAAUCUCAGUCUAUAUACUUAAGUUCCUAUAGUAGUCAUAACUUUGUGGCAAGUAAGCCUCACCACUCCUUUCAGGUUAUUACACCGCCCUUUUUGAGUCCUCCUCUUUAAAACUGUUUUUAGGAGGAGAAAUAUGCAUGUCUGAUUAUCUCAAAAGCUACAUGGGCCUAUAGAACAACUAGGGGCAUGCUGGGGGUGGCAGGGAGCACGCAUGGGCUCAUCAAGAGCUCAAAGCACACAGGGUGAUUUUGACGUAUGGGAACUUACAACUUCCCUAAUGUCCAUGAGAAAUACAAAUGGGAGAAGCCUGGAAGUCACCCAAAAGGAGAGAAUGGGGGAGAUAUCCUCUGGAGAUAGCAGAGAGACGUUCCUGUUGCUUCUCCAUGACCAUUCCAUAGUAUGUUUUAGGAAGUGCCAGACGCUGGGCCUCUCCUCAGGAAGCCAAAUACACUUAAGAGGGGCAUCUGAGAGGAAUGGGAGUUUGUUUGGAGAAGGACAGGGCCUCUGUGGGUUCUGAACGCUUAGCUGAACUCUCAACCACAUGAAGCCUGGAGGAUUGAGAUAAUCAUAUCAAAUUCAUGUACUGCUUCCCAAAAUGAGCAUGUGGCCCUGUUUUAACCCCUGGAAGCCUCUGGAGCCCUGGCUCCUUCUCAAAAUUGUCCAAAAAGGCUUUUUGAAAUGUUGGUAUCUAAAAACCUCAUCCAUAGUUACCAGUGAUGAAAAUGGAAUAAAAGCCUAGAGAGAUUAACAGACCAGAAGAGAAAAGAGAAGGCACCGCUACCCUGUGGUAGAGGGACAAAGGAACAGGGAGUAGCUGGUCCAAUACUGAGAACUAUCUAUGUGGCCUAGCCAUAGCUGUGUUCCAUGCAUGGGCAAGAG